AUGACUGCUGUUGCUUCGCCGCCUAGCGUGCAAUCGGGGCCUCGUCUAGGAUGGUAUUCUUCUGGUAACGGAGGACAGGCGGCUCUUGGCUCAAUGAACACCGACGACGUGUCCCGUAUGUUUAUGCCGCGAAAGAGUGUGCAAAGAUCCAAUUCUUCUUCAUCGCUAUCGUCGAACGCUUCGACGUCAUCGACAAAUACUGUGUCGCAUAUCAGUAAUGGUACAUCCACGAACGGCGAAUCAGCUACGUGGUCGUCCAAAAGGAAAGCCGGUCGUGGCUUGUGGCCUGCCACAAAAUCUGAGCCAGUUUCUGGCAUAACAAAUGUGAGGUCUCAGCCGGUAUCAGCAUCCACGUCAACAAACGGUGGUCCCACGGCUUCAUCUGCCAUGUCCGCUAUCCACCAACCGUCGCCUGUGCCGUCGCAACAUAUGAUUCAGUCACCUCAGCAGAAUGGCUUGUCCGCUGCCUCUGGCAUGCAGGGUUCAUCAGACCCGCCUGCCAUUCUCACACUUGUCCCUUUGAACGGCACAUUUGAGAAGAAACAUAUCACUGUGCCUUAUAUGCCCGAAGUGCUUCGCAUUGGUCGCCAGACGAAUGCAAAGACUAUUCCUACGCCUGUCAAUGGAUACUUUGAUUCAAAGGUUCUAUCACGACAACAUGCCGAGAUUUGGGCCGAUCGAAGGGGAAAGAUCUGGAUUCGUGAUAUAAAGUCGUCGAACGGAACAUUCGUCAAUGGCCAACGCUUGUCUCCUGAAAGUCGAGAAUCCGAACCGCACGAGCUUCGGGAAAAUGACGCGCUGGAUCUUGGUAUCGACAUUGUGAGCGAGGAUCAGAAAUCCAUUGUUCAUCACAAGGUCUCGGCAAAAGUUGAAUAUGCCGGAAUAUAUAACACAGGACCGAAUAUCUUCGACUUGAACUUUGGCGAUAUCGAUCCCACCUCUGGCGGAGGUCUCUUACCCUCACCGUUGAGUCAACCUGUCGUGCACCUGCGCGGCCGAGCAAGUUCUUCACUAAGCAACCGCAGCGUGCAAAGUGCAGCAAGCAGUCAGAUGAGCGCAUUGCAUCAACAACGGCAGAUGAACUAUUGGAUUUCACCCAUCACGAUCGAACAUGUUGUCAAACGGCUUACUACCGAAAUCAAACAAGCGAAGCAGCAAGCUUUAGACCUUCGCCAAACAGACGAAUUCUUGCAGACGCUCAUUUCAUCAGACGGUUCUGAUAAGGAUAAACUCAAUCAUAAACUUGAGAACAACCACAGACAGAUGAAUGGGCGAGCGAAGAUGUCUCGUAUUGAUCCACUUAGAUUCUCGGAACCUCCUGCCCCGCCUCCCCAGCAACCAUUACCUGAAAAACCAGAUGUCGCUCGUCGAUCGGCCCCGGAUCCGCUUACAGGUAGUUUGAAGCGGUCAGACACGGAGAAACCUUCAAAGGAUAGUGCAUCAAAAUCUCCAGUGUCGACAGAGUCCAGUCAGAUUCUUUCUUUGAUCGAGGCAUUGUCGCUCACCAAGAAGGAGCUAGAAGCCCAGAACAGUCGUGUAAAGGAAUUGGAAGAACUUCUCCGACAGGAAAGAUCAGCCCGUGAAAAUGCAGAAGAAUCACGAAAACAAGAAGCUGCUGAGCAUCCAACCGAGCCUAAACCCAAUGAGCAGCGUGAAGAUGUCGAGCCAGACGUUUCGCAGGUUGACGAAGCUACAAAGACUCUGGAUGCCCCCAGUACUGAGGCUGAGGUCGUAGAAUCCAAGAGCCUGGAAGAUCCCGUUCUUGAUGCGCAAACCCAAAAGCUGCAACAACAACUCGAUAAUAUGGUCACAGAAUUGGCAGAGAUGAAACAACAAGUUGAAACAUUCAAGCAACGUGCCGAGAAAGCAGAAGGCGAAACCGUUGAAGUGCGCAAGACUCUUGCCGAAAUGAUUGAAACGAUCCGACAAGAACGCGAACUUGCCGCCCAAACAAAGGAGUCUGCUCUUACAGAUGAAGAAGUCGAUGCUGCCGUCACCGAUUUGCGUGGUAUUGGCAAAUCAGAGGAGAAAGAAAACCGCGCAACCCACAAGCAACCCUCUCCGCACAAAAUCAAAGAGUUAGAGCAUGCAGUAACAUCAUUGACGCAACAACGAAAACCGAAUAUGCUCGAGCACUCGGGUCCGUACGCGUCAAUGGUUGGAGUGGUCCUUCUCGGAAUCGGAUUGAUGGCAUACCUUAACGGCUGGCAAAAGAUCGAGAGAUAAUUUCCUUUCGAUACCAUGACUACAACGAGCCGAGCCAGAGCUUGUAUAAAAAUGACUUGAACUAUGACUUGGAAUAAUUAUGGGUUUGCAAUGCAUUUGCGAAGGGAGAAUUAGAAUCAUUAUCUUUUCUUUAUACUCCUCGUGUUUUGUUUUUGUUGGUUGUCUGUUAAAUAUCCAUAUUGAUUGCAUUGCUCAAUAAAGUUUGUUUUCAUGAGGAUAUGGACUCAAGGAAAUUUUUAUCUCUCUUGCGUUCUGGGGUACGGUGUUUUGUUUUCUGUGUUUGCGAUUUUUUUUUCCAUCAUUAGUCCUGUCUUGUCCUUGUCUUUGAAAUCAUCUCUUUUCUUAUUACUCCUACAUCCACGAGUUCAGUCAGUGGACCAGUCAUUCCCUCUUUUAUUUCAUGUAUUCUUCCUGCAUAAUAUGUAUCCUCCGUUCAAUACAGAUCAAGACGAAGACGAAAUAUUGAGGAAUUGCCACACUCUUCCUUUCAUUUGUAUCUAUUUAUUCCACUUGACUAGUUGUAUGUAUGUACAUGACCUUGAACUGAUGAAUCCAUUAGUCUUUCCAACCC